CUUUAUUAAUAAGACGGACAAGCUAAACUAAGCGACGACCAAUAUCGACAACUCGGUCGAUCGUAUUCACUGCCACCAUUGUUUACAUAAACAAUGCACACAAUGCACAUUUUCAAUUCCCCAUAUGGUGGUGCUUAUGGCGGCGAAAAUGAUGGCGUAAUCCUGCAGACUUCAAUGACGCCCGAGAAUCUUCCUGGAAGGGCGCCUUACGCUUCACCAGGUGUGACCGCGUUUGGGGUCAAACAUCCGGAGCUCCCACCCAAGACUCUUGACGCUCUUAGGAGAGCAUGCAUCGAAAAUGAGGAGAACAUGGACAGUAUUUCAGAAGUGAUCCGCUCGGAGCUAGACAUAGCAGGUCGCGAGGGGGCACUCAAGCUUCUGGCUGAGCUUAAAAUCCCGCCCAUCGACUGCAAGCGCGUGCUUGACAGCCUGUUGUUGACAACACCAUCCAAUCACUCCAACAAGACCAAUAAGUCGAAGUCGCGAAUUAGUGAUGCAACGGAGUCUUCGGCCGUGAAGGUGCCGGCCUGCGUUCCUGAGGCCUUCGCCGACGUAUUCAAGGCAAUGAACUCACAGAGUGAUGCCAGCAAGUUCAAUGUCCUCGCGGCAACCGAGGUUAUCAAGGCGGGCAUUCUUUGGACCGACAUCAGCGAGGGCCUGGCACCCCGGAACGACACCCCUGCUACGACACCGAUUCAUAUCAAGACCAUCAUAACGCACUGGAUGACUGUACUGUGCCAUAUCAAGACCAUUGGCAAGGGCAACCUCCUAUCCCUAAAGAGGAACAGCACGGCACGGAAGGAGUACAAUAUUACCCCGACCCCUUUGUUACCCCUUGGGGAUUUGACCCCGGGUCUGCGCCUGACUAAUGGGGAAGACUUACCCCAGAACUUUAUGGGGCUACCGAUGCAUAUCCGGUAG